CUUCCCCUCUCCCCUCCAUCCUCGCCUCUCUCCCUCUCUCUUCGCCCGCUGGGUGCUGAAGUUGGGCGGAUGGCAGCAAACCCGCUCCGCUAGAGGACCGAGCAGCCCAGCCUUGCGCCCCCGGACCCAUCGGUGCGCUGCCCACACCUCCAGGCGACGGGCCAGUUGGGUACUGAAGCAGCUGAAAUGCGAAAAAGACAGCAGUCACAAAAUGAAGGAACACCUGCUGUGUCUCAAGCGCCUGGAAACCAGAGGCCCAACAACACAUGUUGCUUUUGCUGGUGCUGUUGCUGCAGCUGCUCCUGCCUCACUGUUAGGAAUGAAGAAAGAGGAGAAAAUGCAGGAAGACCCACACAUACCACCAAAAUGGAGAGCAUCCAGGUCCUAGAGGAAAGCCAAAACCCCACUUCAGAUGAAGUGUUGUCCUGGUCUCAAAAUUUUGACAAGAUGAUGAAGGCCCCAGCAGGAAGAAACCUUUUCAGAGAGUUUCUCCGAACAGAAUACAGCGAAGAGAACCUACUUUUCUGGCUUGCGUGUGAAGACUUAAAGAAAGAGCAGAACAAAAAAGUAAUUGAAGAAAAGGCCAGAAUGAUAUAUGAAGAUUACAUUUCUAUACUAUCACCAAAAGAGGUCAGUCUCGAUUCUCGAGUUAGAGAGGUGAUCAAUAGAAAUCUGUUGGAUCCUAAUCCUCACAUGUAUGAAGAUGCCCAACUUCAGAUAUAUACCUUAAUGCACAGAGAUUCUUUUCCAAGGUUUUUGAACUCUCAAAUUUAUAAGUCAUUUGUUGAAAGUACUGCCAGUUCUACUUCUGAAUCUUAAUUUUCAUUAAAAAAAAAAAUCAUUUUGGAGGGCUGGGAUGGGAAAUAAAAGUAGUUCACUAACACCAGAAGCUGAGUUCCUGGAGAACUACAGUUUAGCAUUCCUCAGGCUACUGUGAAAAUACAACCAUAUGGUCUUUGUCUCCAUUUUUAUCAAGGUUAUCCAUGGUUAAGUUUGGAGAAAAUACCACAUAAGACAAUGAAUUGCCAAAUUGUUUGUUUUAUUCAACACUCAUUCUACUUGCAAGCAAACUGUAUUUGUAGUCCUGUGAACAGUCUCCUAGUGUAUCCCCCAAGGCUGCAUGUACAACGUAGAACUGCUUCAUUUGCCCCGUAGCUGUUGUAAUAUUUAAUCCAAUGGCAUAACUUAUAUCCGUGUUUAAGGACUUUUGUGCAAUAUGGUCUUAUAGAAAUAAUUGCCAAAAAAUUGGCUGUGGUUUGCAUUUUUAAAUAUAAUCUAAGACAGAAAAAGCCAAUUUUUUAGUUGUAACAGUGGUAUUAAACAUGCUCUAUACUGUGUUCAGUACACUCAUUUUGAAGCCGAUAUUUCUGUACUUGGAAAAAGAGCUAUUUAUCUAUGUUUGUUGGGAAAUCCUGAUGGGGGAUUCCUCUGGUUGUUCACUGCCAAAACUGUGGCAUUUUCUUUACAGAAUAGUUUGCUAUGUAAAAAACAAAAACAAAAACAAAACAAAACAAAA